GCUCUUCCUCUCCCCCGACCCUCUACACCCGACGAGCCCACCUCGUCACCGCCACCCAUUUCCGGCCGGAAAUCCGGCAAAGCUUGGGGAUUUUCUCCUUCUUCUCUUGUUCUUGAACCCAGAAAUGCCCCCCUCCCUCUGCAGAAUCCAGAUCUGCAUUGCUCUGUUCUUCUCCCUUGUCCGUCGGGUUCUGCUGGGUUUGAAUCCUUUGGCUUUUUCUGUUUGCCAUGAGUUUCCCCUCCCUGGAUCCCGUCGACUUCCUCACCAGCCAAGCUCGGGUUCUGCUGGCUGGAAUUCUGGUUUUGAUCGUUCUGUCACCGUAGCACUUGGGUUAGCCUUCUCACAUGUCGGCACAUGUCGAUAUGUUAUUGAUGAUGAUCCUGCUAGUGGGGGUUAAACGCUAGCACAUGUCGGCACCUGUCGAUAUGUUAUUGAUGAUCCUGCUAGUGGGGGUUAUACACUAAUAAUUUCUGACGCCUGCCACUGGGUGAAUACAUUGGCAAAUUCUGACGCCUACCAAUGGGCGAACACAUUGGUAAUUUCUGUUGCCCGCCAGUGGGUGUUACACACUGGCCAUGACUGAUAGACGAGACUACUACUGAAUUUGAUUAUUGAUGAGUUUAAUUUUUAUAUGGAUUUAUUUACCCUUUUUGAGCCUAGAAUUUAAUAUUAUGGGUCCUUUGUAACUUAGUUUCACCUUUGUUUAUAUUAAUUUCAUUAUUUGUAGGUGGAAAUUAAGAUAGGAAUUAAUUUUGCAAUAAGUGACAAUUUGCACA